AUGCCCCCGCCGAAUCCCCCACCCAACGACACGUCCAUCUUCGGCACAUACCUCCCACCCUCAGCCCGCCACGGCGUCCAAGAAGCCCGUCGUCCGCCGCACAUCCCUGGCCCCAUGUUCAACCCCCACACCCGGAUCAACGACGCAAUCAAUUCACUAUGUGCAUUCCGCCACUCCAUGUCCGAACUCGAGACCAACCACCGCAGCGCUCUCGAGAACAAAGACAAAGACAUGGCAACCCUACAGCAGCGUUUCACAAGCUUGAACACACUGCAUCGCUCUGCCAAAGCUCGAAUCGACGACAAAGUCCUAUUGCAGGGCAAACUACAGAACGACAUGAAGAUCCUGAAGCGGGAACUCGCGGCUGAGAAGGCGAAGAAGGGUGUUGUGGAUCAGGAUAUGGAAAAGCGGUUGGUUGAGGUGCGACAGCAGAACGCUUUGUUGACUGCUAAGGUGUUGGGACUCGAGAAGGAACUUGCGGAUGAGAGGGCGAGGGGGGAGGAGAAUAGGGAUGCGAAGAGGGAGUUGGAGGUUAUGAAGACGAAGUUGGCGGAUAUGGUGAGUGGUAGUAAGGUCAAGGUUGAGGUUGUUGAGUAG